AUGAAUAGAAAUAGUUGGUUUUGUUGCUUAAUAUUAUUGAUUAUUAUUUAUUUGUUAUCACAGAUAAUUAUUAAUAAAAUAUCAAAUACAUUCGCUAUCAAACAGCCAAAAUUAAAUAAUAUUACAGUUAAUUACAAUUUUAAAAAUAAUAUUGAAAUAGUGGAUUUAAUAUUUAUUCAAUAUUAUAAUCCAUUGGAAAAAGAAUAUAUAAAAAUAAUAAAUAACAACCAUUCAGUACUUAAUUAUUUCACUUCAAAUUUAAUAAAUUCACAUAAAUCAUAUAAAAACUUCAAAAUAAUUAAUUUUUUAAAUAAUAAUAAUAAUAAUAAUAAAUCACCAAUUUUAAAAUAUAAUAUUGAAAAUAAUAAUAAUAAUAAUAAUAAAAUAUUUAAAGAUAUUAGUUUUAGUAAUAAUAAAAAUAUAUUUGAUAAAUUAAUUAGUAAUCAUUUAAUUUUAGAAAUAACAAGUUUAAAUGAUUUAAUAGAUUUAUUUGAUUUUAUAGAAUUUAUAGAAGGAAAAAUUAAAAAUAGCAUAACAAUAUUUGGAUUUUGUUUUUUAAGAGAAAAUUUGGAAGAGAAUAUAGAUAAUUUCUUAUCAUCUCAUAGAGUUUGGUCAAUAAAAUUUAAUUAUUCCUUUAAUUGUAAAUUAAAUAAUUAUGAAAAAUCAUUUGAAUAUGGUCAACUCAUUCAAUUAAUAAAAGUUUCAGAAUCAUUUGAUACUUUUAAAUUUUAUAAUUAUUUAGAUAAAUUACAAUUUUAUAAUAAUAAUAAUGGUGGUAAUAAAAAUAAUUAUAAUAAUAAAAUAUUAAUUCACUCAUUAAGACCAUUUGGUAUGAUAAGUAGUUUACACUUUUUAGGAUACUCUUUAACACUUUCUUUAGAAUGGAAUAGGACAUUAAUAAUUGAUGAUAGUAAAUUCUUAUUUUCAAAUAAAUUUACAGAUUUAUUUCUACCAAUUACAGCAAAAACAAAAUUUGAAAAUUUUAAUAAUGUUGAAGAAAAGUCUGCACAAAUUAUUAAUUUUUUAAAAAGUGAAAAGGAAUAUAAUCAUUCAAAUCCAAUAUCGAUAAUAACAAAUGAUUAUCAUGUUUAUGUAGAUUUUAAAAGUUGUAAUGAAUUUCCAAAACAAUGGUUUCAAGGUGGUGAUUUGUAUUGUUUUAAAUCUCAUAUUAUGAAUUAUAUAAUUAGACCAAAUUAUAAAAUUAGAAAAAUUAUUGAAUUACAUAAAUUAAAUUUAUUUCAUAAUGAUAAAAAUAAUUAUAAUAUUAAUAAUGAUGAAUUAAAUUGUUUAGCAAUUCAUAUAAGGAAUGGUGAUAAAGUAAUUGAAAAUUCAAUGAAAAAUAAAAGUAUAGUUUUAAAUUAUUUUCAAGAUUAUUUGGAUUUUAUUGUAAAUGAUAAGUAUUUAAAUAAUGGUAGAAAUUUUAUUAAAAAUAUAUUUGUAAUGAGUGAUAAUCAAACUAUAUUUAAUAUUGAUUUACCAAAUGCUCAGAUUAGAUAUCCACAAUUUAAAUUUCAUUAUUUAAAAGAUAUAAUCAGAGAUGAUAAUACAACAAAUUUUAUAAAGUAUUUAAAUGAUGAUAACUAUGAUACAAAUUUAAAAACAUUAAAAAAUAGACCAAAUUCAAAUAUUGGUAAUGGUUUAUUAUCAGAGAUAAUAAUAGCAUCAGAAUGUCAAUAUUUUAUAGGUUCUCAAACUUCAAAUGUUGCUAGACUAAUAGUUGAAUUAAUGAAUGCAAAUAGAAAAUCAAAUCCAUCUUUAAAAAUAAAAUUAUAUAAAACACUAGAUAAUUCAUCAUGGUUCGCUGAUCCUUAA